CAAUUCCUGGAAAAGAGCACAUCAGUUUGGAUACGUUGUUAUAACCAUCUGGGGAAGAUGUCUGCCAUGCAUCACAGGUCCCUGGAAACCGAAUAUCAGUAGCAUUCCCCAGUCACUGUGACAACCAAUACAAUAUCCUCCACACCAAACACACACACACACACACACACACACACACACACACACACUCCCAAACAACCUAGCAGCAGGCAGUGCCGUGCUAUUCUGACCCAGCCAGUAGUUGGCAUUCAGCCGUGUUGGACAUGUUGGCUACAAGGCACCUCGUGGUCCUCAGGAGAGCAUCGCACACAAGCAUUUUGAAUCCCCAGGGCUCGUAUGGUACAUCACUUGAAGGUCCUUGCCCCUCAGUGAAGUCUGGCUGCCCUCGUUGUGUGAGGGGACCACCCCCAGCUCCAGGGAUCCCCUGUUUGCCAGUGAUCGGCACAUUCCUAAGGAGAGCCGACCCAGGGAACUACACUCUGGUGAGUUUCACGUCCAUACCGGGCAAGCCCGUGGAUUCGCUUGUAAAUUGCAGCUAAUUAUUAAUGCAGCUAAUAACCACCUGGGGCAAAGCACACCCUAGUCUCUAAAGCGUGUCUCCACAACUUCAGUUCUCUGUUGUGGGGGUGAAGGGGAAUCGGGCUUUGCGCCACGUUCACGGACCCGUGGCUUGAUACAGCCUUAAUCCUUAACAAGACCUUAAUCAAUUUAUUUCAAAAUAGUAACAGCUGACAUGAAUGGAGCACUUACUGGCAUUAGAUAGUAUAACAAGCAUUAGAUCGUUGAAGCCUCUUAACCCAGGGCAACCUCCAAGGAUUGUUUUGGACAUUAAAACACGAUGAUGGGAUUCAGUGCGAUGAUCCAGCUUAAAUGCUCAGCACGGGUGGUUUAGUAAGGGCUCAGUAAAUGUCACCAGAUGAAAAUAUUGUAGCUAAAUGGUUGCUCACCAUCUUUUUAUGGUGUGUAAUAAUAAUAGCAACUAACAUAAUUUAGUGUCUAAUAUUAUAUCAAUACCACUUUUAUUUAUGAGACACCAGCGAUUAUUUAAGCGCUUUACAAAUAUUAAUUCGUUUCAUCCUCACAAUAACCCUAUGAAGUGGGUAAGGUUAACAUCCUCAUUUUCAGAAGAGGAAACUGAGGCAUAAAAAGUUGAAGUGAUUUGCUCUUGAGGCUAAAGGCUUAGCUGGGACUCAAACCUAGGCUGGCUGGCUGGACCCAGGCAUGAGCAUUUCAUUCCUAAGCUCUCCUGCCCUGAUGGGGAAAUGAAAUACGUUUCUCAAUAGGUCUUGAGCUAAUCACUGAGUUCUUGUUAAGUAAAGGUGUUUCGCCUUGCUAUGCCUCAGUUUGCUCAUCUGUGAAGUGGGUUUCUUUAGGGAAGAAUAAAGUAAGGAAAUGGGAAGGAGGAGUAGGUGAUGGUCAUGAGGCCCUGAAAUUGUAAAUAAUGUGGCCAGGGACAGUCUCAUGGAGAAGUUGACAUUUGAGCAAAGAUUGAAGGGAAUGUGGAGGUGAGCAAAGAAAUGCUCUGGCUCCAGGUGGAGGAAACAGCCUGUGCAAAGGCCCUGAGGUGUGGAGGCCAGUGUGGCUGGGGCAGAGUGAGUGAGGGGGAGAUGAGGGCAGGGAGGUGAUGGGUACAGAUCGUGUGGGGCUUGUGGGCUGCAUUGAGGACCUUGCCCUGACCCUGAGUGAGGUGGAGCCACAGGAGGGCUCUGAGCAGGGCAGGGACAGGACCUGACUCAGGUGUUCACACAUGACAGCUGGGGAAAGGAGCAGGGAGACAGUGAUGGUCCAGGUGAGAGGUGAUGAGAGUGGAUGAGAUCCCAAAGGGAGUACUCAUGGCGAAUAGAGGAGGUUCAAAGACUCAUCCCUGGGACUUCCCUGGUGGCGCAGUGGUUAAGAAUCUGCCUGCCAAUGCAGGGGACACGGGUUCGAUCCCUAGUCUGGGAAGAUCCCACAUGCUGCGGAGCAACUAAACCCGCGCUCCACAACCACUGAGCCCGCGUGCCACAACCACUGAAGCCCACACACCUAGAGCCCGUGCUCCGCAACAAGAGAAGCCACUCGAUGAGAAGCCCAUGCACCCCAACAAAGAGUAGCCGAGUAGCCCCCGCUUGCCGCAACUAGAGAAAGCCCAUGCACAGCGACGAAGACCAAACGCAGUCAAAAAUAAAUAAAUGUAUUUUUUUUAAAAAAAAGACUGAUCCCUGACACUGAAAUCAGAGGGAGGAGGAAGGAACAGCUGAGGAGACUGACUAGGAGCCACAGGCAGACGGGAGGGUCCAGAGAGAUGUGCUGGCCCAGAGCCAAGUGAGAAGAGAGUCAGCUCACUGUGUCAGGUGCUGCUGACAGGUCAAGCAAGGUGAGGGUUGAACAGUGACUACUGGCUCAGCACCAAGGGGGGGUCACUGGUGACCUUGACAUUUCAGGGUAGAGAAGGAGGGCAAAGUCUGAUUAGAGAAGGUUUGAGAGAGAAUAUCGCUAGAAAAUAUGGAGGCAGUGAGUGUGACAACUUUUUGGAGAAGAUUUACUAUAAAGAGGAGCAAAGAAAUGGGGUCCGAGCUGGAAGGGGAGGUGGAGUCAAGAGGAGUUUAAUUUGUUUUCAAAUGAGAGAUGACUCUGUGUGAGCUGACGGGAAUGAUCCAGUGCAGGGGGGGAAGCUGAAGGUGCAGCAGAGAGAGGGGAGAACUGUGGGUCGGUGACCUGGGGUGGGAGCAGUCACGGUGGGAAAGCACAGGGCAGGGAGGUGGUUACAUGGGGCAGUGGGGGUCUAUGGACGUUCACUUCCCAUCGAUUUUAUUUUUUCUGCAGAAUAAGAAGCAAGGAGGGAAUUCCCUGGUGGUCCAGUGGCUAGGACUCUGCGCUUCCACUGCAGGGAGCACGGGUUCGAUCCCUGGCAGGGGAACUAAGAUCCCCCAUGCUGCUCGGCGUGGCCAAAAAAAAUAAAUAAGAAGCAAAGGGAGAGUGAAAAGGUGGAAGGAAGUGUGAUGUGUUGGGGAUAGGGGAGAAGGUGUGAAAGAGUUAUCUACAGAGAGGAAGAGCGAGAGGAUAAGAGAAAUGUAAUCUGAUUGCCAGGCAGCACUGUGGGUAUGCUUGAGCAUCAAGUGCACAAACUUAAAGUGAGACCAGCCAGUGGAGUUGUGUGUUGUUCUUCAGCUGCUUUCAACUGUGUGGGUACAGGCACAGGUAGGUGGAGGGCUGGAUUUAACCGGGGCAGGCGUAGGAGGAAGCCAGCGGAGGCAAGGGUGUAUGCAAAGAAUGUUUUAAAUGAUUAACCAAGGAAUUUAAGCUGGAUAAGGAAGAACUGAGGACUUGAGGGGGUGUGGGGCAGUGAAAAAGAGGUAGGGACAAAGGAUGGGAGAUCAUAGUGGGUUGGAAGGACUGUGUGUGUGUGGUGGGGGUAGGUCUAGGGCACUGGUGGGGAGAGAGCUGGAAAGAGAGGAGGUGAUGCGUGGAGAGUGAGAAGCCUGAGACUGAGGCUCUGAAGAGGCUGUGGUUACUGAGACAAAGUGUAGGUGCGACCACGGGAUGGAGGGGCUAGAAGAACAGCUGGUCAGGGAACAAGAGAGGCCUGGUGGCAGAAGGAAGGAUGGUCAUCCUGGAUAUGGAAAUCACCAUGAAUGUUGAUAAGAGCAGCCUGAGUGGCAGUGAGCCUGGAGCUAAAAUCAUGGAGAAGUGAGGGGUAGUCAUCUGGGUCAGCAGAUGAUGAUGACAAGGUGACAAACGAUCUACCCUGAUGAUGAGAUUCAUAGCUGCGGCGUUUGGGGGAGGAUGGAGGGAGAAUCUCUGGAAACAGCACCAAGGAGCAAGGAGAUUUACCCACUUGGAAGGCCCACAGGACAGCUGGGUUCUGGUUAGAGCAAGAAGGUGACAGGAAUCUUCAGUGAAGAGAUUGCAGAAAUAGAUUUUGCUGAAGGACAGGUCCUGGAUUCCAAAGGCCCGAGAGUUGGGACAGGUUGGGGAAUGGGGUGGAAAUGGUUUCCUCCUUGGUGGAUUUUUCUCAUGGGUCUUCAGUAUGCAUAUGGUCAUAUGUAAAGUGCUUAGCCAGACACAAGUGCACCAGCCAGAGACAGAAGCCGUGGUUAGCAGUCCUGGUGGGGUCGUGAUCAGGCCAGGGGUUUGUUGCUUGAGGGGGAAAGGUGGGGAGAAACUGGUCCCCGUCGAGCCAAGUGGCAGGAAAUAGAUGCUGGAUUUUCUUGGUUAUGGCAGUCCCCCGGUCGCCCGUGUACCUGAUGAGGGCACGGUCAAGUCGCAGGGGACUUGCGUCCUGGAAGGAGAGGUGGAGGGAGGCCGGGCUGCCCUGACCCGCCGACCCCUCUUGACCUGCAGGACUCUGGCGGCUGGAGAUGGGCGCCCGGCUUUCGCGGCGGCGGCUGCCCGCGGACCCGCCCAUAGCCUUGGACGCACUGCCGCCGGAGCUGCUCGUGCAGGUGCUGAGCCACGUGCCACCGCGCGCGUUAGUCACGCGCUGCCGCCCAGUGUGCCGCGCCUGGCGCGACGUGGUGGACGGGCCCACCGUGUGGCUGCUGCAGCUGGCCCGCGACCGCAGCGCGGAGGGCCGCGCACUCUACGCGGUGGCCCAGCGCUGCCCGCCCAACAGCGAGGACAAGAAGGAGUUCCCGCUCUGCGCCCUGGCGCGCUACUGCCUGAGAGCGCCCCUCGGCCGCAACCUCAUCUUCAACUCCUGCGGAGAGCAGGGCUUCAGAGGCUGGGAGGUGGAGCACGGCGGGAAUGGCUGGGCUGUGGAAAAGAACCUAAUACUGGUGCCGGGCGCUCCUUCCCAGACCUGCUUCGUGACUUCUUUCGAAUCUUUAAUCCACCUUGAAUGUGAUGUUCGAUGGUGCUUCAAGAGGCAGCUUGUGGACUUGGUGAUGGAGGGUGUGUGGCAGGAGCUGCUCGACAGCUCCCAGAUCGAGAUCUGUGUGGCCGACUGGUGGGGUGCCCGGGAGAACUGCGGCUGCAUCUACCGGCUCCGGGUCCGCCUCCUGGACAUGUAUGAAAACGAAGUGGUCAAGUUCUCAGCAUCACCCAACCCGGUCCUUCAGUGGACUGAAAGAGGCUGCCGACAGCGUCACAGUCUAGACUCUCAGCUUCGCCAGGAUACGAUCUUUUGGCUGCUUUCUUCAUGGCUAUAUCCCCAGCGCCUGGAGCAGGGCCAGGUCUCCCACGUCUUUACCAACUUUGGCAAGGGCAUCCGCUACGUGUCUUUUGAGCAGUAUGGAAGAGACACGCGUUCCUGGGUGGGGCGCUAUGGCGCCCUCGUGACCCACUCCAGCGUGAGGGUCAGGAUCCGCCUGUCCUAGCUAACCGGCCUGAUCCAGCCUUCCGGGACAGACUGCCAUCUGCCAGACACCGUCGUCAAUCAAGGUCGGCUCUGCAGCCAGGAGCCGGAGGAUGCCCGGGGACAGUGGGGGUCCCGUGUAGCCUGUUCCCGGAAUGUUUCCAGUGAACCCCAAUUGCUGCUGCUUCAGCGUGGUGGCCCCCAUGCUAUUCGAGAAACCAGGGAUCCAACCAGGCUGGCCACUUUGCUUCCCCAGCUUCCCAGGGGGAGUGUCAAAGAGUAACUAAGAGACCUGUACUUGCAAAUUUUUUUCUCACAUGUGUGGACAUCAGUUGACAGACUGAGUCAAAAAACAAAGGCCAAACCAGGAUUUCAAAUAGAGGAAAGCUGCUGACAAUCUUGGACAAGGACUCUUAUCAGCAUGUUUUGGGGGCAAGGUGAUUGCUGGCAGGGAGCAGAGGUCCUUGAGGGGACCAACAGAAGCCUCAAAGGGAACCCUUCCUGUUGUUUUGGGGAGUCUCUGGGAUUCGGCAGUGGGGCCUGUGCAACCUCCUCCAGCACCACGCCCAUCAGCACCUCCCUUCUGGGCCAGACUGGUGCCAUUUCUUUCAGAAUUUCUGAGGCCAGUUCUGCGCUGACCCACGAACUGUAUCCUCCACCCCCACCUUCUGCCCCUGCCUCAGGGGCAGCUCGCCUCCUGUCAGGCGACAGCCUCCUUUUCUCCACACAUGAGCCCGCUUGGAGAUGGACCCCAGGAGCAAGGCAUGCUGUGAAGGAAAGCUCUCCUUUCCCCAACUGAGCGCAGCCAACAAGCUCGCUCAAUAAAAUCGGUGCUAAGCGUGAGGUGAUGGGGGAUUUUCGCCUGUAAUCGAUGCACUUGUUUGCCCCUAGCUCCGAUCCUAAAAGGCCUUAUGGGAUGUUUCCAAUCGUGAGAACUUCAGGUGUGCUCAGUGAGUGCCGUGCAAGAAACAGAGGUGGGCUUCGAGAACCCAGAGAGGGGCUACAGGGCUCACCCAACAGCUCCUGUGCCCGAUCUCAGCUGUUCUCCCAGCAGCUCUCAUGGAGGCAGUCAUCACUGCCAUUUAGUCCCGACAGAAACGGGCUCAGAGUUUAAGAGGCGUGCCCAGCGUCAUCUGGCCAGGAAACAGGGGGAGCCGGACUUACACCAGACAUUGGGCUCCAAGGCCUGAUGAUAUAAGCUCAGCUCCCAAAUUUUAAAACCUAACAUGGCCAAGCACAUGAUCGGGUGAGGUCAGCAUCACUCAGUGCCAUUUUCCAAGGGAGGAAACUGAAGCCGGAGGGGGAAGCAAAUAUACCCAGAGUCACAGAACAAGGAAGAGGUGGAGGCAGGAUUUGAACCCAGGUGUGUGUGAGUCUGAGAAUAACAGAAGA